AUGUCCGCCGACGUACCUACACCUCUCUCCAAGGUCGACUCUGCCGUUCAAGGUCUCUCGUCAAGCCCACCCAAGGAGAAGCGGAGAGCAAGCUCGAGUGUUCCUGGUGUGUUCAACAUCAACGACUUAGAAAAGGAGGGAACUGAGCUGCUGAUUGCAAAGGAGACCCAGAAGCUGAACUGGCGUAUCAACAAGUCCCCAGCACUCCUGGAGGAGCCGGAGAAGAGUGCAUUGAAGAAGAUGCUUACCACACCACCUGUCAAGAAGAUUGACCUACACUUCCCUCUCGGCCUGGAGGUCUCUGCGCGGAACUUGAGGGGUGUUACCAUCAAGGAUGCAUUAGAUGCAAUCUACAAGCAAUACCGAAAGAAGGCGGAUGACGAGCUUGAGAACCCAGUCCUAGCAGGCUUCGAAUGGGACAAAGAGGAAUCGUGGACCCGACUCAUCGUUCACUGCAAGAAGGAAGGUGCCCCACAACCCAAGAAGAAGGGAAAGAAAGCUGGUCAAGAAGGCGACGAACUCUAA